AUGCCUCAGGACAUGCCCCCUCGGGGCGGGUACGAACCCGUCCAAUUCAAGCGCAACCUGCCCGCCAAGGGAUUCCGCCCUGGUGUUCUGCUGCUGGGCAUGGGCGCCGUUAUGACCUACGGAUGGUACAGGCUCACAAUUGGCAUGCGCGAGCUGAAUGAGCUACGUCGCGAGAAGGUGUGGUCUCGCAUCUACCUCACCCCUGUCCUCCAGGCCGAAGAGGACCGCGACCAGGUCCGCCGAUACUGGGCCGAUCAGGCGCGGAACAGGUUCGUCCGGCCGACGUACGCAGUGGCACCGAGCACGACUGCCAACGGCAAGGAGUAG